AUGUCGGGCCACAUAUAUAUUCCAGGACCGCUGGCCACUGUCGUGGAAGCCGCGGGAUGUGAGGCCGAAACAGCAUGCAACCCACGCCUGCCGAUUCGUACUCCUGACAGUGUGGUCAACGUGCCAAAACAACGUUCAUCCAAGUCUGGUGCCACUGCAAACCAAUCGAUAUCAAUAUCAUCCGGAUCUCGAAGGGGACAGGGCAGCUCUGUGUCAGCCGAUGAGGCUGGGAGAAGAACUUCCGCUGUCUAUGAACACCCAUCGAUUACUGAAUCCACGCCAGUGGCAAAGCGGCUUUCUAUGCGUUUAAGCUGGCGAAACCACAUUACACCGGCCCAGAUUGAGGAGGGUAGGCUUCCUCCAGGCAAUGGACAGUCACGCUCCUCUAGCCAACCUGUCAGUAGAACCGGAGGCCCUCGCAGUACCAGCCUCGCAAGCCAUUACAACAUGGCAAGUCUAGUGAAUAUCAAACACAAACGAAAGUUCUGGCUCAGAAUUCUGCUGGAAUUUGGAGCUUACAUUAUCUUCGUCGCAUUCGUGUACUUUGUCCUCAUCGGGGUGCCACUGUGGAGGGGCGCAGUGUACUGGCUAUACUUGGUGGUAAAACACAAGUUUGUUCUCAAAGGAGGCUGGUCUAUUGUGAUGGUCCUAGUAGUAUUAUUUUCCUACACCCCCCUUCUAGCUCCUUUCGAAAAGUCCCCUCCAGGGCCCGAGUUUUACUCGCAGCGAAACAUCCAACCAAGCAGCACUCCGACCUGUGCCCUUAUCAUUCCGGCUUACCGGUCUGGCGCAUUUAUCGGACAUACUCUUGACGCGGCAUUGAAGAUCUUUCCCGCCUCCCAUGUUUUUGUAGUUGCAAAUGGGAACUCCUCGAGCCCGCUGGAUUCUACAGAAGAGAUCUGUCGGGUCCGUGGAGUAAACCAUAUCUGGUGCCCUAUAGGAUCAAAAAUAAUCGCCAUAUUCGUUGGCUGCCACGCUGCCAAAGGCUUUCGCCAUAUCCUGCUCAUGGAUGACGACUGUAUCCUCCCUCUGGACUUCCCCGUGGUCACUUCUCGCCUUACCAACGGAACACAGUGUAUUUCGUAUACAAUCAAGUGCACAGGAGCCGACUCUUCGCGGCUGACAUGGUGCCAGAAAGCACAGGAUCUGGAAUACAAAUUAGCCGGCUUGCAGCGCAGCUUCGCUGGACGAGUCGGCAGUGCUACAUUCCCUCAUGGGGCGAUAUCGCUCUGGAAUAAAGGGUUUCUGAAAAAGACCAUGGAGAACCACCCCGGGUUUUCCAUCAGCGAAGACUGGUUUAUGGGACAUGCCUGUCGACGGCUUGGGGGGCGGAUCAAGAUGUGCAGUGCGGUCUUUGUCGAGACCGGCACGCCGUCAGCGUUGUUCUGGACCAGCAGUGCUCACACUCGAGGAGGCUUCGGGGAGACGACGUUGUUUAAGCAACGGUUUUUACGCUGGAACUUUUUUGUGUUCAGCAGCCUGUGGCAUAAUAUGGCCUAUAUAGCCGCUUCCUGGCGGUUAGGAUGGUGGGAAUUCGGUACGAAGAUCUUCGUCGUUCAAGAGGUGUAUGAAACAAUGACGUACUUGCUUGCGCCUUUCAUACUGCCCAUUUCCAUCCUUGUGAAGCCAGGAUUCUGCAUGGCUAUCCUGGCAGCGAUAGUGGGGCUGUACCUGCUUCAAGCCAUUAUCUUUAACGAGAUUCACCUUCGACGGAAGAACGAACACGUGAGCUGGGCUAUUAUUAUUGGCUACUAUAUUCCGUUUAAAAUCUGUCUAAGCCUGAUCAAUGUCGUGGGCUCGUAUUGGUGCCUCUUCAAGUAUGCGCGAUACUUUGCACAGCAGCGUCUGAAGCUCACGGAAGAUCACAAAGUGGUCGGGAUGGUGUUGAAGCUAGAACAGCAGAUGCAGGGGCCGACUCUCAGCAGGAAAAUAACACUCGGGAGAGUGGAUAUGGUGAAUCCAGCAACCAGGCACCCUAGAUGA